GCUGGUCAGAGAGAGCAAACUUGCGUAGUCUUGCCACGGUUCGCUUUCUGCUUGCCUGUUUCUCUCUAUGGACGACUGGAGGGGAGUAAAGGAAACUGCUGGAACUGUUGUCGUUGGGAGAGCAGCGCCGUUCGAGGCCCUGGCGAUGAUUUAAUAACGGGAAACCGGGCUCGUGGAGCAAAGAAGCAGGGAAAAGACGACGGGAGACGAGGAGAGCAGGCUUUGGAGAUGUGCUGUAGCGGUCGGGCCGAGAUUGUUGCGAGAAGAAAUGAGAGAAGGGAGACGAUUAAAGCCGCUACCUGUCCUUUUUCUUGGGAGAAGCCAGCCAUAUUCUUCCUGGGCCCAGCCAAAUGGACGGUAACCCUGUCUAGGCCCGGACUGAGCAGAUUGUUCUAAGAGGAAACGUAAAACAAACAGGGGAAGUGAACAUGGCUGGAAACUCAGGCUUCUUUUCCAAUGGACCUAUUCCGUGGACGGACCACGCGGAGGAGAACAGUCUGUGCCGGGAUCUGGAGCUGGGCACUGUGCUGACUCUGUUUUAUUCUAAAAAAUCACAGCGCCCAGAAAGGAGGACUUUUCAAGUGAAAUUGGAGACUAGGACUGUUAUCUGGACUCGGGGAACGGAUAAAAUUGAUGGAGAGAUCGACAUUCGAGAGAUCAAGGAGAUCCGUCAAGGUCCUAAGUCCCGGGAUUUUGAGCGCUACGUUGAGGAUUCGGCAGUACGGCUCGAUCAGUCUCAUUGCUUUGUUAUUCUGUACGGCACAGAAUUCCGCCUUAAAACACUCAGCCUUGCAGCAACAUCAGAUGAAGAGAUGACCAUGUGGAUUAAAGGGUUAGAAUGGCUUGUGGCUGACACUUUGAGGGCACCAACACCUCUGCAAGUUGAACGGUGGUUACGCAAGCAGUUCUAUUCCGUAGAUCGUAACAGAGAAGACAGGAUAUCCUGUAAGGAGCUGAAGAACAUGCUGAACCAGGUCAACUACAAGGUGCCAAGCGUGAAGUUCCUCAAAGAGAAACUUCCGGACGGUGAGAUAAGAAACGGGGACGUGAGCUUCAGCCAGUUUGCCCAGCUGUAUCGUAACCUCAUGUGCGAUGCCCAGAAAAGCAUGGAAAUCCCGUUUCUUGAAAAGUUCACAGUUAGACCUGAAAUCAGGAUUUCUCUAAAGGAUUUCAGGAACUUUCUGCUUGAUGAGCAAAAGGAGCUGUGGGCCACAGACUUGGACGAAGUUCAGAAGUUUAUGUUCGACUACCUGAAGGAUCCUCUCAGAGAACUGGAGCAGCCAUAUUUCCAACCAGAUGAAUUCCUCACAUACCUCUUCUCCAAAGAGAAUAGCAUCUGGGAUUCCUCCUUGGACCAUGUAUGUCCUGAGAACAUGAACAACCCUUUGUCUCACUACUGGAUCUCCUCUUCACACAACACCUACCUGACUGGAGACCAGUUUUCCAGUGAGUCGUCUUUGGAGGCGUAUGCUCGCUGUCUGAGGAUGGGAUGUCGCUGUAUAGAAUUGGACUGCUGGGAUGGUCCAGAGUCGAUGCCAGUCAUCUACCACGGACACACCCUGACCACAAAAAUCAAGUUUUACGAUGUCUUGAUGACGAUCAAGGAGCACGCUUUUGUCACGUCAGAGUAUCCUGUCAUCCUCUCCAUCGAGGACCACUGUGGCAUCGUUCAGCAGAGAAACAUGGCGACGUUGUUCAAAAGGGUAUUUGGAGACAUGCUGCUUACCAGGGCGGUGGAUAUGGUGGCGGACGCCCUGCCAUCGCCCAACCAGCUCAAGAGAAAGAUUCUCAUUAAGCAUAAGAAGCUUACAGAAGGCAGUGCCUAUGAAGAAGUUUCCACCUCCACGCCCUACUCUGAGAGUGACAUCAGCAACUCCAUCAAAAAUGGCAUCCUGUACAUGGAAGACCCCAUCAAUCAUGAGUGGUACCCUCACUUCUGCGUUCUGACCAACAGGAUGCUCUACUACUCAGAAGAGACCUCCAUAGGAAACGACGAUGAGGAAGAGCACAGAGAGGUGGCCAAUGCUAUGGAGCAGCACGUGACAGAAAAGUGGUUCCAUGGAAAGCUCGGUGCUGGGCGGGAUGGGCGGCAGAUAGCCGAGAGGCUGUUAUCCGACUACUGCCAAGAGACUGGAGCUCCUGAUGGCUCCUUUCUGGUUCGGGAGAGUGAAACCUUUGUUGGAGACUACACGCUGUCUUUUUGGCGUUCUGGACGAGUGCAGCACUGUCGCAUACACUCUCGCCAGGAAGCUGGCAGCGCCAAGUUCUUCCUGACCGACAACCUGGUGUUCGAUUCGCUCUACGCCCUCAUCACUCACUACCAGCAGGUGGCGCUGCGCUGCAACGAGUUUGAGAUGAAGCUGACCGAGCCGGUGCCUCAGACCAACGCUCAUGAGAGCAGGGAGUGGUACCACGCAAACCUGUCUAGGAGCCAGGCUGAGAACAUGCUGAUGAGGGUUCCUCGUGACGGAGCUUUCCUCGUCAGGAAGAGAUCUGAACCCAACUCCUUUGCCAUUUCCUUCAGGGCGGAGGGGAAGAUCAAGCACUGUCGAGUGCUGCAGGAGGGCCAGUCUGUGAUGCUGGGGAACUCGGAGUUUGACAGCCUUGUAGAUCUGAUUAGUUACUAUGAAAAGCAUCCUCUGUAUCGUAAAAUGAAACUGCGCUACCCCAUCAAUGAGGACACACUGGAGAAGAUAGGCACUGCUGAGCCAGAUUACGGUGCGCUGUACGAGGGCAGGAAUCCAGGCUUUUACGUUGAGGCCAACCAAAUGCCAGUUUUUAGGACCACAGCUAAAGCCAAAUACGAGUAUAGAGCUCAGAGAGAUGACGAGCUCUCCUUCACCAAGAACGCCAUCAUCUCCAAUAUAGACAAGCAGGAAGGAGGAUGGUGGAAAGGUGACUAUAGAGACAAGAAGCAGUUGUGGUUUCCUGCAAACUACGUGGAGGAGAUCGUUAGUCCGACAGCUGCUGAGCCUGACAGAAAUGAGACAACAGAGCUCAGCCCCCUUGGAGAUCUGCUGAGAGGAAGUUUGGAUCUGGCAUCCUGCUCAGUUGUUGUACGUAAUGAAGGCAGGGGUAGCAGGCCUCACGUCUUCACCCUGGUGCCCAACAACCCUUCAGUCGGCCCGGUGCUGGACUUGGCUACCAACAGCUUGGAAGAACUAAAGGAAUGGAUUUAUGGGAUACGUGAAGCUACUGUGUUUACAGAGGCCAAGAUUGAAGAAGGGAAGUUGAUGGAGAGAAAGCACAAAAUAGCGAUGGAGUUAUCAGACCUAGUCAUCUACUGUAGGCCCGUGCAGUUUGAUGAAGACAAGAUUGGCACAGAGCAGGCCUGCUUCCGGGACAUGUCGUCUUUCCCCGAGACCAAGGCAGAAAAGUACAUCAACAAAUGCAAAGGCAAGAAGUUCCUGCAGUACAACCGCCUGCAGCUGUCACGGAUCUAUCCCCGGGGCCAACGGCUGGACUCCUCCAACUAUGACCCGUUACCCAUGUGGCUCUGCGGGUCCCAGCUGGUCGCACUUAACUUCCAAACAGCAGACAAGCCCAUGCAGAUGAACCAGGCCUUGUUCAUGGUGAACGGACGGAGCGGCUAUGUCCUUCAGCCACCUAUCAUGAGGGACGAUGUCUUUGAUCCCUUUGACAAAACCACACUACGAGGCAUUGAUAAAGUGGACCUUGUGAUUGAGGUCCUGGGUGCACGUCACCUGCCGAAGCACGGCCGAGGCAUCGUUAGUCCUCUCGUUGAGAUAGAAAUUUGUGGGACAGAUUAUGACAGUACCAAAGUAAAAACUAACUCAGAAGCUGAUAAUGGACUGAACCCUACAUGGCAGACAAAGUUUGAAUUCAGUUUAUUAAACUCCGCCUUUGCGUUCCUGCGUUUUGUGGUCUAUGAGAUCGACAUGUUCAGUGACCAAAACUUCCUGGCUCAGGCCUCGUUCCCCAUUCAAGGCCUCAGGACAGGGUACCGCUCCGUACCGCUGAAGAACAGCUACAGCGAGGAUCUGGAGCUGGCUUCUCUGUUGGUCCAUGUGGACAUUAGCAAAACCAGGGGUGAAAAUGGUGAACUCCUGAGCCCGCUGUUUGCUGCCAGUCCCACAGCAGUACCAGCCUCAGCCCAAGUAGGACGAGAUCGUUUUGGGGAGCUGAGCUCUGUGUCCUCCUCUCCCUCCACCAUGUCCCCUCUGCCUCAGUCACCCCCCCAGGCCUCAGCCUACAGAGUGAUGGAUGGCCCUUUGGACACCCGCUACCAGGCCUCCAUAGAUGACUUCAGGGUGAGCCAAGAGUCUCUGUUGGACCACAUGGACCCACAGAACAGACGGAACUUGCGGAGGACCAAAGUGGGCGUAGAGAACCGCGUCUAAGUCCAAGCCAAUCAGGACUCGCCCCCCCACCCAAUCCUUCCCUCACCCAGCAGCCUCUCCACGUACUGAUGAUGUCACUGACUGCUGUGAUCACUGUUUCCAUGGAAACGCACACCACUGCUUUGGCCUACAUUCGAGGCAGCUCUUUUCCUCCCACCCCUCCCUCCCCUACUCUGAUGAGACUGAGGGUCUUGGAUACAGGAGGGGUGGGGGACAGAGAGGAAGCUAAUGGCUGUAGACAGGAAGAAGAAACGGUGUGGACAGGAAAACAAAAGGCUCUGGGCCUGGACGGUGUCGACGGAGCUCUUGUUGUGUAUAACAGCUGCUUAUUAAGGAGGCUAUGGGGAGAGAGCUCCAAAAGGUCUGUUAGAAACUGUUUCAAGUUUAGAUUCGUCACUUUUUCUUUUUCUCUUUCCAUCGCCGUGUCUGAAUAUAUAUAUAUAUUUAUUCGUGCUGCUGUCCAGAGAGCGGCAGCAGCAGCUGAUGAGCUCUCAAAGAGCUCCUCUCUCUGUGUUUCUAAAUGUUCUAAUUAUUUAAAACUUAAAGCAUUCAUGAUGUGACUUUGUGUAAAACAUGAGGGCUCCCCAUGAUUUUUUAAACAUCUCUGCUUCACGUGCCUCCAGUUUGUCACACCUUAAAUCUACUUUUUUUUGUUUUUGUUGGGCAUCAGGAAGAUGUCACGACCUGUCUGUGUCAGAGCAGCCAGAGAGCAGGUGGUGUCGUGUUUUUGGUCACCUUUUUUCUUCAUUCCUGUUUUGUUCCUAAAACUGAAUCAUUCCAUCUCCCCGAGUAGCUUUAGAAGCCAGUCUGAAACGGACAGAAGGUCGUGGUCGGAUCGUUGUGCUUUAGUCUCGUUUUCUGUGCCGACUCACAUGUCUACAGUCAUGAGACAAAAGAGCGAUCCACACAGAGCCCUGGCUGCAUCAACGCUGGCAAAAAAAAAAAAAAAAGCUCAGAAACAUGACUAACAACAAAGAAAAUGCCGAUGCGGUGACUUGGAAGUAAUUUUUAGGUCUUUUCUACGACAUCAUGCUAAUUUGUUUACAGCAGCUGCUCCAGUAAUGAACACAGAUGUAUGUUGAUGAAUAUAAAUGUCACUGAAAUGAAGAAUGUUUUAAUUCUAACAGGUACCCGUCAUCAUUUUAGUCUUGAACGUAGAUAUUCAGUGCUCCUGGUGAAGUUUGCUGCACCGCGUUAGAUGAAAGACAUUUUUGUGUAUUUGUAGUCUUCAUGAUUUGGGAGUUGUGUUGCAGAGCCAAACUGAGUUACACUGCCCAUGAGACAAAUUCUACAAAGUUUUUGAUCAUUUGCCUAAAACGGGUCAUGUUUUAUGUUUUAAGGUUGUGAUUUUAAGGACCAGUCGGUCUCUGUGGUUGAUGAAGUGGAGGUCACACGCUGAGCCCAGCGAGUUUCUACAGAAUCGUUUUAUUUUUACAGGUUAGGAUCUGGAAGUGUUUUUAUCAGCUUGUGCCGGAUGAUGGGCUCAGUGUGUGAGCACCGACACACCGAUAAGCCAUAUGGGUGGAUCUAAAGUCAAAUCAGAAGUCAGUGUUUAAAGUCUAACAGAAUGUCUUUAGUAUUUUUUGCUUUUAUAUCCUGAUGUUAAUCCGGAAACGUUUAUGUUACAUUCUCCUCUUUUUAACGCUCUGUAUAAUUUGUGAAGCACUUGAGUCUGCAGAGCUCAUCAAGCCUCCGUCUUGCACCUGCCCUGCUGAACACACACGUCUGGGAUGGUUUGUCAGACCACGUUUGACUUUUCCCUGCCAGUCUGUAACAGUCAGAGCCACCAGAGUAACCAUGGACACUUACGCGCGGGUGAUCAGGGCCAUUAGAUGUAAUUACUUUGCUUUUUCAUUUUUAUUUUAGCACCAUUUACAUUUGCCUUCCUGUAAUGUGCCUAAGCUAUAAAACUAUGGAGAGAAGUAUUAAUUUUGCCUUUCAUAUAAAACACAUUCAAGCCUGAAAAAAUAAAAUACUCAUUGCUUUAUACAACUGUCUUAUUUUAAAUUGUUCUUGUGGCACCACACCACAGGAAGUGGUCAGUUUCAUCUGAGCCAGACUUAAGACACACCUCUGAAAACGAGUCACCUGAAGCGUCAAUAAAAACUCACUUGGAUAAACGUUCA